AUGAAGAAACUCACGGAUUGGAACCCAACCCAUGUGGGCCCUGGGGCCACAGAAUGCUGGCAACUGCUGCUGAAGGACCAGCAUGAAGGGGCCAGGGCCAGGGUGCUGCUUUUGGGAAUGCUGUACACCUCAGCCAUUGUGCCUUUUGUGCUGUAUAAGUGUUUACAGGGAAAAGAUGAAGCUGCAGUUCUCCAAGAGGAGACAGGCAGGAAGCAACCAUUGCAGCUGGAGCAACAGCUGAUCCAGACAGAGCAGCACCUGGACAAUCUGAUGGCCCAACUGGACCCCCUUCUUGAGUGUGUGACUACUUUGGCUGGAGCCCAGUAGGAGCUUCUGAACAUGCAGCUAUGAACCGUGAAGCUGCUACAAGAUAGCAAGCCAGAUAAGGGUAUGGUGGCUUCAGAACCGGAGACCAGCAUACCUUUUCCUGAGGACUUAUGUGUAAAGGAAGAUGAGGAGGAGGCUGCUGAUGGUCAGACCUGGGAGGAGCCCAUAAACUGGAGCACAGAGACAUGGAAACUAGCUACUUCCUGGCAGGUGGAGCAGGUACUAAGGAGAAGAUGCAGCAAGGCUGUGGAAAAGGGUUCCAGUCACAGCCCCAGCUGGGAAGGAGGGACAACAGCUGAGAGUUUAUUGCUGGUGGCCGCUGAGCGUUCUUGGCGGCAGAGUUGCACCAGCGGCCUUCGGCGAUCCGCGAUGAUCGCAAUGUGUAAGUGCGCCUUCCAGCCAGCAGAGGGCAGGAGCGGCUGCGAUGUCCCAGGCCGGGCUUGCGCGGGCUCCUUUCGGCGCCUUUCACUGCUGGUUCCACCUCUCUCCUCAGCUCGCCGCUUCUUCCAGGGCGGGAGUGAGGGAGGGGAGGAACGCUGGAGGAGUGAGCGCGUGCGGGGGAAGCAGCAGAAUGAACAGGCUUCAAAUAAUGAGCGCUUGUUAUAUGCCACGAGCUCUCCGUCGCGGAGGCGGCUGGAUGUGCAGAAGGAGGGCAGGGCCGGGAAGGAGGGACGGCUGCUCCACUCUCGGCCUGUCUGCCUCGGGCUGCAGGCUUGGGGUUUGGAGGUCAAGUCUAUGCCGCAUCGCUAG